CUUCUAAAAAAAAAGUUUUCUUGAGAAAAAAAAAAAUACUGAAAAAUAGGUGAUUCUCCUCCCAUGGCGAAGCCCCAAUCUAGGGCUCGCACAGUCGUUGAACCUCUCUCCCAUUUGGACUUCACCAACCACUCUCGCACUGCUGCUUCCUUCCGAUCUCUCGCUCUCUACAAUGUCUCCGAUUCCCAGACUCUCAUCUACCUCGGAACCCACUCCGGGGCCCUUCUUUUGCUCUCAACGAAUCCCGAUCACUCCAAGUCUCGAGCUCCUUCAGAGUCCAAUUCGGUUUCGCAAAACCUCGCGCUCCUGCGUACAAUUACGGUCAGCGAUUCCGUUGUUGAGUCCGUACAGGUGUUUGGCGAAAUCCGGAAGGUUCUCGUGCUUUCGGGUGAGUUUUUGUAUUUGUACGAUUGCUUGUUGUUGCAGCCGGCGAAGAGGUUGAGUUUUUUAAAAGGGGUUUCGGUGUUUACUAAGCGGAUGAGAAGCAGUGAAGCGGAGUGUACGAAGUUGUUCGAAAAGGGUAUUUCGCCGGAGAAUUCGAACACGAGUCAGCGGUUCUUGCAUAAAUUGGGAGGUGGGGUAAGGGUGAAUGGGUUGAAGAUUAAGGAGCCAGAGCAGAAUCGUGAAGGUAAACAUGCUUUUGCUGCUGUUGCGGGUAAUAGAUUGGUUUUGAUAGGGAUUUUUUUGGGUAGAGGAGUUGGUAAAAGUGACCAAGAUGUCGAUGAUUUAAAUGUUUCUUAUGCAAUUCUUGAGAACCAUCAGUGCAUUGAUGGGAUUUUGACCAUGGUGUGGCUUGAUGAUUCGAUAAUUGUCGGUACGGCUACUGGGUAUAGUUUAAUUUCAUGUGUUACGGGACAGAGUGGUGUGAUAUUUUCGUUACCGGAUGUUUCUAGUCCGCCACGGCUUAAACUUUUAUGUAAAGAUUGGAAUGUGCUCUUGUUGGUGGACAAUGUUGGUAUUGUAGCUAAUGCACAUGGACAGCCAGUCGCCGGGAGUAUUGUUUUCCGAUUAGACCCAGAUUCUAUUGGGGAGGUAUCUUUAUAUGUGGUGGUUGCUAAAGAUGGAAAAAUGGAUUUAUAUCAUAAGAAAUCGGGUACUUGUAUUCAGACAGUUAGUUUUGGUGGUGAAAGUGUUGGGGGGCCUUGCAUUAUUGCAGAUGAGGAAGAUGCUACUGGGGAACUACUUGUUGUUGCAACACCUACCAAGGUUAUUUGCUAUCGGAAAUUGUCUCCCGAAGAACAAAUUAAAGACCUUUUGAGAAAAAAGAACUUCAAGGAAGCUAUUUCUUUGGUUGAGGAGCUUGAAUGUGAAGGUGAAAUAACAAAGAACAUGGUCUCCUUUGUCCAUGCUCAAGUGGGGUUUCUCUUGCUUUUUGACUUGCGUUUUGAGGAAGCAGUGAAUCACUUUCUGCUGUCUGAGAUUAUGCAGCCUUCUGAAUUGUUUCCAUUCAUUAUGCGAGAUCCAAAUCGGUGGUCAUUACUGGUUCCCAGAAACCGGUAUUGGGGUUUGCAUCCUCCCCCUGCUCCUCUGGAAGAUGUUGUAGAUGAAGGAUUGUCGGCUAUCCAAAGGGCUAUACUUCUUAAAAAGGCAGGAGUUGAAACUUCAGUUGAUGAUGAUUUUCUUUCAAACCCACCAAGCCGAGCCUAUUUAUUGGAGUCUGCCAUCAAUUCAAUGAUUAGGUACUUGGAGGUUUCUCGCAAUAAAGAGCCGACUCCAUCAGUAAAGGAGGGAGUUGACACACUAUUAAUGUACCUCUAUAGAGCUAUAGAUCGUGUUGAUGACAUGGAGAGGCUGGCAUCUGCUGCAAACUCUUGCGUUGUGGAGGAGUUGGAAACUCUAUUAGGUGACUCUGGGCAUUUACGAACACUUGCUUUUCUAUAUGCAAGUAGAGGAAUGAGCUCUAAGGCACUUGCUAUUUGGCGUAUUCUCGCUCGAAAUUAUACUUCAGGCCUUUGGAAAGAUAACUCUUUGAAGAGUGGUUUAGAUGAUAACAGUACACAUAUUCUUGCUGGUAAGGAGACUGCUGCUGCCGAGGCAUCCAAGAUUCUUGAGGAGUCAUCUGAUGCAGACCUUGUUCUUCAACAUCUUGGAUGGAUUGCAGAUAUCAACCAGGUUUUUGCAGUUCAGAUUUUAACCUCAGAAAAACGAGAAAACCAGAUUCCUCCAGAUGAAGUUAUUGCUGCUAUUGAUCCAUCAAAAGUGGAAAUAUUUCAAAGGUAUCUUCAAUGGUUGAUUGAAGAGCAAGAUUCUUGUGACACUCGGUUCCAUACUUUAUAUGCUCUUUCCCUUGCCAAAUCAACAAUUGAAGCCUUGGAGGUAGAAACAAAUUCUCAAAAUUCUGAUGCUGGAAGGAUAGAGGAGACAACGGUUUUUGAUCCCAGAACAAGUUUAAUUUUUCAAAUUCCUGUUCGUGAAAGACUGCAAACAUUUUUGCAGUCUUCGGACUUGUAUGAUCCAGAGGAUAUCCUUGAUUUGAUUGAAGGAUCAGAGCUUUGGUGGGAAAAGGCUAUUCUUUACAAAAAGCUAGGGCAAGAGACAUUGGUGCUACAGAUCUUGGCCUUGAAGCUGGAAGACAGUGAAGCUGCUGAACAGUAUUGUGCUGAUAUUGGGAGACCUGAUGCCUAUAUGCAGUUGCUUGAUAUGUAUUUGGAUCCACAAGAUGGUAAGGAGCCUAUGUUUAAGGCUGCUGUUCGCCUUCUCCACAAUCAUGGAGAGUCUCUGGAUCCACUACAAGUCUUGGAGAGAUUGUCCCCUGAUAUGCCCCUUCAACUUGCGUCGGAAACAAUAUUAAGAAUGUUGAGAGCUCGACUUCAUCACCAUCGCCAAGGACAGAUAGUGCAUAAUCUAUCUCGAGCUUUGGAUACUGAUGCGAGAUUGGCAAGAUUGGAAGAAAGAUCAAGGCAUGUGCAGAUCAAUGACGAGAGCCUUUGUGAUUCUUGUCAUGCACGCCUUGGAACAAAACUCUUUGCUAUGUACCCAGAUGACACAAUUGUCUGUUACAAGUGUUUUCGUCGGCAGGGAGAAUCAACUUCGGUUACAGGUCGCAAUUUUAAGCAAGAUGUACUAGUAAAACCAGGUUGGCUUGUCACUAGGUGAUUUGGGGAAAAAAUGACAUCAUAAUGGAAUUUUAAAGUUGAACGCCAGACAUGUCCACCUCUAGUCUCUAGUUUUUUCCUCGAGCUUGGGACCAGGAAUUUCAGACUCUAACAGAAGAGGACCGACAGUCAUCUUGAAGUAUAAUGCCGAAUCUCUCCGGCAAGAUCGUGCAAAGCUCCAUGUAUUUAUGUUCACACGGAAUUCGCCCUUGUUUCCUGUGCAGCCGCUGUGCCAGUAAAUAAUUCGUACAGAAACAAAGGUUCGAUUUCUACUCUCUAGAUAAAGAUGUACAUUUGAAUUCAGUUGGCUGGCUUUUCAUGCUGUGUGCUUUUGUGCAUAUAAUCAGAAUUAAUUUACUAGACAUUGCAAACUAAGUUCAUGUUCUUAUAAUUAUGAACUGGAAAGAAAUUUAGAAAUAACUCUUAACCUGCUCAUGUUAGAAGAUAUCUCAAGACAGCAUCCUGUAUAGUGCGGCUUUUCUAUGAUCUGCUAUGUGAGUUUUAAUCUGUAACAGUACAAAACUCGAGGAAAGUUAGUGACAAAUUUUGUUUAUACAAAGUGGUCUGUAGUGAAGUUAAUUUUUAUGGCACAGAACUAUAUAUUUUACCAAA